AUGAGUUCCUCAAAGAUAUCCGAGAAGCUUAUCCGGCAACACCCGCUUCAGCGGUUGGAGUCUCCGUCGAAGGGCUUUUCUGGAGUCGUCCAUAAUGACUCCUACGGCUGGCAUUUUCAAUACCUAACCAUAAUCGGCCUCAGCAUUUCGACGUUAUGUUUCACAUCCGGUCUCCUCGCCGACGCAACGUCCUCACACACCCUCUUCACCCUGAAAAACUACCUCGCCCUCGUCGCUGCCCCCAUCGAACUCCUCAUCUCCCUCCUAUACUGGGGUCUCCGCGCCAUCGACCCUGCACUUGUCAUCCCUCCUGACCUCCCUAUGCUCCCUUUCUGGACAGACUUAUGCUUCCACUUAUUUCCCAGCCUCCUCUUAUCUCUAGAUGCAAUAUUACUCUCCCCACCUUGGCCCACGAAUCCCGUGAACCCGAAUGCGCCGUUUGUCACGUUAGUAGCGUCGAUGGCGAUUUCGUUUACAUAUUGGUUUUGGAUUGAGCUGUGUCAUUCGCAUAAUGGGUUUUAUCCUUAUCCGAUUUUCGCGCUGCUUGGCACGUGGCAGAGAAUCGGAUUGUUUGUAGUGAGUGGGGUUACUAUGUGGCUGUUGGGCGCGGGGUUGAGGAUGGGGUAUACUCGGGUUAAUGGGUAUGAAGUUUCGGAGAUGAAAAAGGACGUGUAG